CAUAAACAUAAUGACUUUCCCUAAAUAGCACUAAAUGUAUUUUUCUUCCCAAUGUAGCACUUUUAGUCAUUAUGCAUUAGUCAUUAUUCAAACAAAUAUUUGUCAUCACUGGAUAUUAUGGACAUUAUUCAGUGCUAUUUAGAGAAUAAAAUAGUUUAAGUAAUAUUUACGAAAAUAAAUUAAAUUUUAGUGAUAUUUAAUGCAAAUAUUUCUAUAUCAAAUUUAACCUAUAUAAACCAUGCAAAUACAACACAAUACAACACCCAAGAAAAAAUAGGCCAAUGGCGUCUCUAAUUCCCCAAUGCAAUUCCACCAUAGCCGUCAACUCCUCCUCCUCCUCCGCCCCCUUCCCAAAGCCCUCCCAAAUCUACAUCGCCGCCGCGAAACGCAGCCAGCAUCCCCUCAAGCAGAUCACGUGCAACGCCGCCAGCAGCGGCGGCGGCGACUCCCGACGACCAAAUAAGCUCGACCGGAGGGACGUCCUCCUCGGUCUUGGCGGCCUCUACAGCGCCGCAAACCUCCUUUCCAACUCCUCCUCCGCCUUGGCCGACCCCAUCCAAGCCCCGGAACUGUCCAGAUGCGUCGUCCCCCCGGCGGACUUACCCCCCAACGCUUUAGUCGACAACUGCUGCCCUCCGCUCGCCACCAACGUCGUCCCCUACAAGCUCCCUAAGGUCACCCCCGCCUACAUGAAGGUCCGUCCGGCGGCCCACCGCUUGGACAAAGUGUACCUCGCCAAGUUCGAAAAAGCCAUCGAGCUCAUGAAGGCUUUGCCCGCCGACGACCCCAGAAACUUCUACCAGCAAGCUAACGUCCACUGCGCUUACUGUAACGGCGGUUAUACCCAGCCCGGAUUCCCCGACAAGGAGAUCCAAGUUCAUAACUCCUGGCUGUUCUUCCCCUUCCACCGAUGGUACCUUUACUUCUACGAGAGGAUCCUCGGGAAGUUGAUCGGCGACCCGACUUUCGGGUUGCCGUUCUGGAACUGGGACAACCCCGCCGGGAUGCUGAUCCCGGCGGCGUUCAACAGUAAAAACUCACCCCUCUACGACGAGAAUCGGAACCAAACCCACCUCCCGCCGGUCCUUCUCGACCUCGGCUACGCCGGGAAGGAGACUCCGGCGACCGACCAGGAGAGGAUUUCGAACAACCUCGCGUUGAUGUACAAGAGCAUGGUUACCAAUGCUGGCACCGCCGAGCUAUUCCUCGGGAAGCCGUACCUCGCCGGAGAUGACCCGGUCAAGGGAGGCGGCGGUUCGAUAGAGAAUAUCCCGCACACGCCGGUCCACAGGUGGGUCGGCGACGUGAAGCCGAGGACGAAUAACGGGGAGGACAUGGGAAACUUCUACUCAGCCGGCCGCGACGUGCUGUUCUACUGCCACCACUCGAACUGUGACCGGUUGUGGACCAUCUGGAAACAGCUCGGGGGGAGGGCGAACAGCACGAGGCGGUCCGACUUCACAAACUCCGACUGGUUGGACUCCACUUUCAUCUUCUACGACGAGAACAAGCAGGCUGUGCGCGUUCGCGUUGGGGACUGCUUAGACAACCAGAAAAUGGGAUACAAAUACGAGGCCAUGAACUUGUCGUGGCUGAACAGCAAGCCUAUCCCGACAAAGAGGAAGGCCGGUCUGGCAGCGAUGUCGAGUGCACCCUUUGUCACCGACGUGUUCCCGGUGACCUUAGACAAGGUGGUCCAAGUCAAGGUUGCUAGACCUAAGAAGUCUAGGACCAAAGAAGAAAAGGAAGAUGAAGAAGAAAUCUUGUUAAUUGAAGGUAUUGAGGUGGCGAUCCAUGAGUAUGCAAAGUUUGACGUUUACCUGAACGACGAGGACGAGCCGGAGGCCGGAAAAGAGAAGGCGGAGUACGCCGGAAGUUUUGCGCACUUGCCGCACAAGCACAAGGGGUCGAAGAAGAUCGUGACGAGUUUGAGUUUGGGGCUGAACGAGCCGUUGGAGGACUUGGGCGCGGAAGACGACGAUGACGUCCUUGUCACUUUGGCUCCCAUGGUCGGCGGCGGCGUCGUCUCUGUCUCCGGGAUGAAGAUCGUCUAUGGAUCGUAGUUCGGUCGCCGGCGGCGACGGCUUCUUUCAUCGGCAACAGUUUUUUUCUUUACUUUAUUUACUGCGCCGGCGGGAAAAAGAAUCAUAUCCACAUCCGCGGCGCGCGCCUAAAAUAACUUUCUCGUUUAAGUUUGUUCUGCGGUUGACUUUUUCAAUUGAGAAAAUUGUUUUCUCAAUAAUUUUCCCUUUUAAACCUAAUAUAAUGCUCUUUUAUUG